ACCAGACUGAGCAGAGGAAGGAAGACGUUCAAGCAAGCAAGUUCAGUUUAGAGACGAGAAAUCCGAGGUCGGCAGUUGAGUUUCAAGCGCGCCACCCACAACCAAUCAGCUGGCUGGAGCCAGCUCAGCCUCACUCGGGAGUUGUUUGGGAUAUGUUGUGCGUAAAACCACCUGCCCGACGCGUCAGCGGUGCCAUGGCUUCAGAGGCUCAGCUCCUUCUCGCACCAGCGGAAUAAUUUACCCCCCCAACACGGAUGUCGAGUGUUCUGGUACGAUGUUGAUCUUUAACUGACCGCCAUCUCAAUCAGGAUGGUGCCUCCUUCCGUCCGUCCCCACAGAUUCCGCUGCGCCGCGGAGCUAUGCUGAGAAACAUAGAGGGAGGAUUUUUCACCGCAGCUGUCAAACUGCCAGGAAAUUUUUGGGACUCCACUCUUUGAUCGGCUCAGCGUUUGAACCGUUGUUCAAAUCAUGGAGAGCCUGAGCGAGCUGCAAAACCCACUGUUAGAAAAAACCAGCAGACACACGGUUCAUAAGGACUACCAGGGCUUCCAGUGUGACUACCAAUCAUACCAGGAAAAACUCAUCGGUUACUACUACACCGAGACCAGCGGGAAACACAAGACUCCACAAUUCCUGGAUGCAACAUCCCUUCAUCUAGCAGUGGAAACUUUCUACAGGCCCAACUUCAUCCUGUUCAAGGACAAUGUCAGCCUUCACAGUAAGGAUUCAAAGAACGAGAGCUUUGAGACCACUUUCACAGAGGGCAAGGAGGCCCUUUCAGACGGCGCUUUUAUAGAAAACACAGGAGAGAACGAUCAAGGAGGGAAAGAUGUGAAGAUUCAGACGGUGUCGUAUGACGUGGAGGAUGACCAUUGUCCUGAUUAUGAGAGUGACAGCUCCAGCGAUAGUGAAAGCGAGGACAACUUCAUUGUACUGCCCCCUCGGGACUACUUGGGCCUGGCCAUCUUUUCCAUGCUCUGCUGCUUCUGGCCACUGGGCAUCGUUGCCUUUUACUACUCUCACAAGACUGGCAAGGCCAUUGCUAAGGGAGACUUCUCCAGAGCAGGAAUGAGUUCCAGAAGAGCCCUAUUCCUGGCUGCACUGUCCAUAACCAUCGGAACAGGGAUGUAUGUGGGGGUGGUCGUUGCCCUCAUUGCCUACCUGUCCAAACCUGGACAUGUAUAGCACUGGGACCAACUGCUUGAGGGGGAAAAGAGGCAAGCAGAAGCCAAGUUGGUGAAAAAGAAAAGAGUAGAAUGGACAGAUGCUUUUGCCUCUCAUGAACUUGUUCAGCUGUGAUGAUGCCUGGCUUGCAGCAAAGAGACAAGAGUGUUCUGAUCCAGAAAGAGGCUGCAGAGGAUGAAAACACUCCAUUUGAGUAGGGAGUAUUGCUUCAACCACAUAUUGAUCCAAACUGAUUCUUUGUUUCUUGUACGCAGCACUACCACACGGAACAAGAUGGUUGGGAAAGGAAAAGACGACAACUAUCCUUGUGCACAGCUGUACUCGUAUCAAAAACCAAAAUAGUAGAAAAAUACUAAACAUUAUCACCUUAGCAACUCCAAACGACCUAAUAUGAGCUCAAUUUAAAGGUGUUUUUUCCGUCUAUGACUGUAAAUUGCGUAUUCGCUAUGUGUAAAUACAUUUCUUGUAAGAACGAAAAGUUAGUCAAGCUUUAUGCAAUUGAUUGUUGAGAAAUAACCCAGAAGAAAGCUUCAGAUAGAAAUGACUAAAUGUUAAAUGAGUGUGGAGCUUCACAAAGAUGCUGCGGACGUUAUUGGUGUCUUUUGUGUGCUGUACAUUUAGUCAAUAAAUGCUUUUGGCAUGAGUAAUCAAACACCU